CAAUGUUGAAAAGCGUUGUUAUUUUUACACUUUACAAUUUUUUAUAUCACCACUCCACUCAUCCAGUCCAGAGGUGCAGAAGCGAAAAUUCUGAAUUUGUAGUGAGAAAAGUAUCUUAUAAGUGAAAAUUUCAUUAUAAAUCAAAUUACACUUACUAAUGAAAUGAGAUAGUUCCUUGACCUUAUAAUUAUUCAACAUUUUAUAUAAAUAAAAUGGCUAAUAUAGCAGCUCAAAGAAUCAAACGAGAAUUUAAGGAUGUUAUUAAAAGUGAGGAGAUGGCGAAAUGUGCAAUUCGAGUAGAACUAGUGGAUGACAACUACACUGAGUUAAAAGGAGAAAUUGCCGGCCCUCCCGAUACUCCUUAUGAGGGAGGCAAUUUUAUAUUAGAGAUUAAAGUUCCAGAAACAUAUCCUUUUAAUCCACCCAAAGUUCGAUUUAUUACAAAAAUAUGGCAUCCAAAUAUAUCUUCGGUUACAGGAGCGAUUUGUUUAGAUAUUUUGAAAGAUCAGUGGGCCGCAGCGCUAACAUUGCGCACUGUGCUGCUCUCACUGCAAGCUUUGAUGGCAGCCGCAGAGCCCGACGAUCCCCAGGACGCUGUUGUCGCUCGUCAAUACAAAGAGAACCCCGAAAUGUUUAGACUCACUGCCCGUCAUUGGACUGCUGUUUAUGCCGGAGGACCAAACGGCAACCCUGAGUUUGAUUCUAAGAUCCACCGCCUGACAGACAUGGGAAUAGACGAGGACCAAGCUCGCGUGGCUCUCUCCACUUACAACUGGGACCUCGUGCGUGCCACGGAACAGCUGUUUAGUUAGUCGCCUCACAUCACCUGUAAAUCUCAUGAAAAUUACCUUGUAAAGCCAGGUCACAUUCCUAGAUUACUGAGUUGCAUUUUAAAGAGAUUUCUAAAUUUCAAAUCAUAUACAGAACUACACAUUUUUAUAUGAUCAAUAAUAUUUUUAACGCGAAUGAUUUUUCAUUCUAUUCAUUAAGGCCCGUCAAACGGGAAAAUAUUUUUUGAACUUUAUAGUGGUGUAAUUUAAAAUUGAACAGUACUUUUUAGUUGUAUAUUUAUUUAUUAUUCAUUUGUUUACUCAUGAUUUGUGGUGUUUUAGAAACAUUUAGGUGACAAUUUUUGUCACUUUCACUCGCAGAUGAUAUUUAUUUUCCUUCAAGAUUUUAUGUGUUAAAUAUUAUAAUAAAUCAACUUAAUCAAAAUCUUAUGAUCUUGUCUAGUUCACAAACUUGUACAUAAAAUGUCACUUUUGUACAUAGAAAAAUAUCCUACAAUGUUGUUGCUCUAUUUUGUCUUUGUUUUUUGAGCUGAACAUACCUCCGAAUUGGAAUGCUUUAGAACGCUCAUUCGUUGUGAAUGUCUGUGAUGUUUUUAUGUAUCGAAAAUGUUUGUCCUUCAUGUAUUUUUGUUUAAUUUAUAUAAAAUAGGAUAUUAUUUGCCAUAGAGGUGUGCAAGAAGUUAUGGUGAACCAAAACAAGUGGUUUUUAAGGCAUGGUAACAGCAUUGAUGUUUAAACCAGGGAUUGGUGUAAUGGGAACAGUGGAAAGAGUUUCCUUACCUCCCUCCUUCUGGAGAAGGUCUUUCCCGAACAAUAUCCAAAAGAAUAUUAUUGCUAUUGUUAUACCGCUUUUUCUUGUGCUAUACCACACUUAUCAAUGGAAGAAGUUAUAGGGCGAUGGAUGAAGAGGAGUCUUAGCUCCCGAUAGGUUUAAGUUCCCGUCAUAGAUCCAAUAGUUAUUUUAGCUAUUUUAAGUAAGUUAUACCUUAAAAACAUACUCGUUAAACAUACUCAACUUAUAGAUUCAUCAUGGUGGAUCGGAUGAAGACAAUUUUGGUGUUAGUUUCAAUCCGAUUCUUUUUGAGGUUGUGUUUUUAUUUAUUUAUUUCUUGUUAUUUCACUUAUUUCAAAACAAGUUUAAUAGAAACUAAUUCAUGUAAUGUCAUUAAAAAAAGCUCCUCUGGUUGUAUAAACAAAAAGUAAACCACAAACCAUAAAAUCGAUCCAAAAAGAAAAGAAAAAAACACUUCAUUGAUAUUAGAGCCAAUGGCAUCAACAUGAAACACGCAUAAAGACUUCUUACUUUAUACUGAGACUAGCUGUAACCCGCGGGCUUUGCCCCGUUUAACUUCUUAAUUUUCAAGAUGAUUUCGUUUGCAUGGCUCAAUCACGUCCUGGUAAAGCUAUAACCAGAUUUAGAAUGAAUUUAUAGUACAACCCUGCUAGUCCGUCCCCUACGGGACCAGGACCAUGGUCGGAACAAUGGAAAGGUCGUAUUACCCGAGGAGCAUAAUAAAUGUCUACAUUCAUUGAUUAACUGAUAUUUACACGCACGAUUGCAAAUUCAAUAAUAAUGUUUUUGUGACCGUAGAGACGUUUAAUAUAUUCCAGUAUCGCGGCAGACAAUGAUGGUGUUUUUCGUGAUCGUAGAAAACAUUCAAAAGUUUUCCACGAUUGCAGAAGACAAAGAUGAUGUUCCUUUUAACGCAGGAGAUAUUCAAGAGUAUGCCGCGAUUGCAGGUAACAACAAUAGUUUCCACGAUUGCGGGAAACGAUGAUGAUGUCUAACGUUUGUGGGGGAUGUUCAGGUUUUUGCCACAAUCACUGAAGAUGAUAAUGAUUUUUCCUAGACCGUGGGAUUAACCUAGGGGUCCACCAUAUCGGAAGACAAUGAUAAUGUUCCUGUGACCGUGAGAGACGUUUAUUAAUUUUCUCGGCCGUGAAGGAUGGUGAUAUAUGUUUUCGUGAGACGGUGAUUACGUCCAAACAGCCAUGGAAAAUAGUCACGAUAAUACUGUGAUAACAUUGUCACUCAUAGGCGAUGGCAUGGUCGGAUUAAGCAGGGAGCCGUUCUAGUCGAGAUCGUAUUACUGAGGUUCUACUGUACGUAAUUGAAGCCACUGACAGAGUGCUGAUGUCUUUUGAAACCAAGACUAAAAGGACAACUUUGGUCUCUAUAAACUAUCUCAGUAAAAAAACCCGAGGAAAUUUAAUUUUAGACCAGUCCACUCUGUGAGUAUUCAACUACCUCCAUUUUUAAUACAAAAUAGUCUAAAACUGGUUCAUAUUAAUGGGAUGUCUACUUCAAAAUCUUAAAGUGAAUGGUUUAAUCAACACCUACUGAUGCUUUUAAAAGUGUUUGUAUUGAAUUUUGGUAUGAAUCAUAGGAUUAGGAUUGCCUUAAACAGUAAUUUAAACAAAAAAACUUUGUUUCUUUUAGUAUUAAGUUUUGUAUGACUUAUAGGUGAUCAGCAUGAAUUUGAUCGGUGGAUGAGUUGUAUAUUUUUAUAGUUUUUAAAGCAUUAUUUGUAAUCUCUUGCACACCUCUGAAUUAAGCAACAAAUUUCAAACAACAAAUCUUCAAACAUUAGUACAAAUUAUUUUACAUAAUAUCAUACAAAAAACUUUAAAAUGAAGAAUCUAGGUACGGCUCUAAUUUACGUGUUUUAAGUAGAUGGUAAGUGGAAAAAUAUACUCAUAAACUACACCAAAAAUAUAAAAUCGUUUAACUUGUUUUGUUUAGUACAGGAAAAUCAUCAUUUGAAUUCAAUUUUACCUUUUGUAAGUAGCUUCAUAUCUUUCAUGAACUUGUGAAUAUAAUUAGUUUUUAAAUUGUCUUUAAUAAAUAGUUUUGGUUAUUAUUGAA